ACUGUGUGUGGCAUCUCGCUGGUUCUCCUCCUCUCCAUCAUCAUCGCCAUUCUGUCUGCGGCGGUCAUCGGACUGGCAGCCGGGACUGGCGUCGCCACCAAGAACUACAACGAUGCUCACUCCCAGCUCGAGGUCCUCAGCUCUUCGCUGGCCGCUGCUCAGGCCGAGGCCACUGCUACGCCUACCGCGAGCACUCCUCUCCCCUCUGGCACGCCCGACUUCAGCAACAUUACCAACGGCUGCUCCGACAACCCCGAUGGUGUUACCGGAAACACCUACAGGUCCAAAUUCUUUGGCACGCCUUAUUUCACAAUGUACUGCAACAAAGACACCAUCAACCCAUCCAUGUUCUCCGUGUUUGCCCCCGACUUCAACGGCUGCAUGGACGCCUGUGCCGCGUGGAACUCGUACAACAAGACAACAAAGGGCUCUUGCGUUGCUGUUUCGUUCAUUCCCUCGUGGAGCAACGUGGCCGUGGCUGUGGCUGGCGGCGCUCCCGGAGACUGCUACCUCAAGCCGGGGCCUCAGACAAAGGCCAACUUGACGAAUCCUAAUAUCGGAACUGAGUGUCACGCUGCUCUCCUUCUCAAGUAG